CUCGAUGCCUACCGCUGUGCAAUCAGUCUGAUCAGUUGUUCUUGACCAAGGCUAUACACACCCAUGGCACAACCUUCUCGGCAGCCGAAGAUGAUGUCUUCGCGUUUGCUUACGAUGAAGUUCAUGCAAAGAUCGGCUGGCUCUCCGCCUUCGCCUGCGCCAACCACGCCUUCAGAACCACCGUCCAAGAAGCAGCGGUUAUCGUACGGCUCUUCUGCUUCUACACCAUCAAGAACGCCGCGCUCAGAUGCAAAGCUCGUCCGGGAAGCGCUUGAGGCGGAAGAAAGCAAGCGAGCCCAAGCGCUAGAACGUGAAGCAGCAGACAGAGGCGAGACGAAGUGGUACUUGAGCUUCAAGGAGACCCGCCCGUCCGUUUCGCAGUCGCCGCUGCGAGUAGUACCGGCGGGCUACGCUGCGCUAGAUACUGCGGGGGUCGAGCGCUCAUCAAAUCAGCUCGAUGACGAAGUGUUUACGCCAAGCGUGAGUGGCAGGAGGAGCUUCGGCAACUUCAACAAUGCCGCAGAGGUAUGUAAGUGUGCAUUCACUGCUAUCUAGGGCUCACGAAUAUACAGAAGAGGCGUGGUUCUGAUGCAUCGUCCUCGGCGCCUUCAGAUGCCGGCUCUGGCGACCUAGAUGCGGACGAGAGUGAUGACCCUACUGGCGCCAAAGCACUGAUCGCCCAAUCACGAAAGGAGGCUGCCGAGAAAGUACGCGCCGAACGAAAAGCGAAGCGCCACGUCGAACAAGCAGAGAAUCAUCGUCUAGCUGAGGAGCGUCGCAGCAAAGAGAUCAAGCUGAACCAGCUAACCAGCAUAUCCGGUGGUCGCAAUGGAGGUUCGCCCAGUAAUAACCUGGUGUGUCACGAGUGCGGCCAGAAAGGGCACAAGAAACGAGACUGUCCACGGCUACGCGAGCGACAACGUGGCCAUUGAAGCCGGCUCUGUCUGAAUCACAGGAUAUGGA